GAUUCAACAUGCUGUAACCGUUGCUCCAGCUUAUAUUAUUUCCCGCCAAUUUUAUUUUAAGAUGCUUCAACAAGAGUCGAUUGAUUUGUUGUGAUAGAUCUGCCUUGUUUGGCAAUGGAGAGGUUUUCUCAAAGAGAAAGUGUUCUUUUAGGUUAUAGUCCUCGAAGUUCAUUCAUCAACGACGCUGCUUCUCCCAAUUCACCUUACAGAAAUUCAGAUAUUGAUUUUAACGAUGUGUUUGGUGGGCCACCUAGGCGGUCAUCCGUUCACGAGAUGCGGUACAGUUUCAGUGAAGCUGCAGAUAACUCAGCGUCUAGAGGGCAUGAUGAAACAGUUGGUUCUCGUAAUUCAUGGAAUGCUCUCAGCGAGAAGCCGGUGUUUGGGGAAGAAGGUAUGAACCGCAGACAGCAUCGGAGUGAGAACUUCUUUGAUGAUAUUUUUAAAGGCAACGAGUCUUUGAGUUCUUCUCCACGGAAGCGUGAUUGGGACCCAUAUUCUUCUUCACCAGGUUCUCGAGUUUUAAGCCCUGCCCGGCCUCUACCACCUAAAGCCGAACCAUAUGGGAGUUCACUUCCUGCACAAUUCAGCCUCCCUGCGAAAUUGACGAAAGGGAUGGAACUUCCAACAUUUGGAUCCACUCAUCGUAGCCCGUAUAAAAGCAAGGAAGGAGCUUCAAAUGGAAUGAAUUUAUAUCCAUCUCCUCUUUCAAGAUCAUCAAGCCUAAACCAGGAUCAAGAGGAAAGAAAUGAUGCUCGAUCUUCUCAUCGUCAAAGCCUUUUAUCCAGGGAGUUAUCUCUUAACAGCGAACAGUCAUCAAAUUUGACCAAAUAUGAUGAAACAGACACAGAAAUUGAUUUAAAAAAGGAAUCAAAUAGUUCAGAAGCUGUGACAAAUGAGAGUCCGUUUCACUUUUCAAUAUACAAAUGGGCAAGCAAGGGAGUACCAUUAGCAUUAGCUAUGCCUCCUAGAGGAGGGAAUAGUUCAAGAUUAAAAGAAGACAGUGGCACUGAUAGAUCCUCCGGCUCUGAUGGAUGGAUUGGAAGUGAGAGAAUGGCGAGAGAAUUACCUAAAGAAAUCUUGCCGGAUACUAAGUCUUUCGCAAUGGAACAUAACGAACAAGAUAAUGGCUCACCUUCUGUUACAAGCACACAAGAUAGAGUAGAACCAUGUCAGCGAGUUGGUCCUGAUGAUUCUAUUUCACAAAGUACAGGAGAAGAAACCCAGACCUAUUCUCAAUCUAAGAUAGGUUUGUCUGAUAUAUUAGAGAAAAAGAAGUCUGUGGUUGCUGAAGAAGGUCGCAAGCCUGAUUUGAAACCCCUAUGUUCUCUGUUUUACGAUAAUGAUUUUGAACAAAGCAAUGAGGAUAUACCGGAAAAGGCUAGUAGAAAAGAAAGCACCGUGAAAAUAACUAAAAAAUCAUCUGUCGUUUUUGAUUCUAGUAGAAUCAUGAAAAAGCGAGAUGGAAAGAAGCCUACAUUGGACAAUGCAGAAGUUGGUAAGGCUAGCUUGCAAGCUUCAACCAUCAACUCAGGAGAUCCUGGCAAAAUCAGAGUUAAGGGAAAGGUUAAAGAGUUUGUUAAAAUUUUCAACCAGGAAUCAUUAGCAAAACCAGAAACUAGUGUCGCGUCUCCCAGUCAGAGCUCUAGCUGGAAAGCGAUAGGCACAGCCAAAGCACGGAAGGAAGUGAAUUUUAGCAAGACUGGAACAGAUGAGAAAAUUCACAGGCUCAAUGGGCACACAAAGAAAUCAAUGCCUGGUGCUCCUAUUACGGUUGAUGAAUAUCUCCAACAGUCUGAGAAACAACAUUCUUCCGUAAAGAACACCAACCAUAUGUCUAAUGGUUCUUCCAGAAUAAAGGAUAGCUCGAGUACUGCUGAUCUNAAAUUGACGAAAGGGAUGGAACUUCCAACAUUUGGAUCCACUCAUCGUAGCCCGUAUAAAAGCAAGGAAGGAGCUUCAAAUGGAAUGAAUUUAUAUCCAUCUCCUCUUUCAAGAACAUCAAGCCUAAACCAGGAUCAAGAGGAAAGAAAUGAUGCUCGAUCUUCUCAUCGUCAAAGCCUUUUAUCCAGGGAGUUAUCUCUUAACAGCGAACAGUCAUCAAAUUUGACCAAAUAUGAUGAAACAGACACAGAAAUUGAUUUAAAAAAGGAAUCAAAUAGUUCAGAAGCUGUGACAAAUGAGAGUCCGUUUCACUUUUCAAUAUACAAAUGGGCAAGCAAGGGAGUACCAUUAGCAUUAGCUAUGCCUCCUAGAGGAGGGAAUAGUUCAAGAUUAAAAGAAGACAGUGGCACUGAUAGAUCCUCCGGCUCUGAUGGAUGGAUUGGAAGUGAGAGAAUGGCGAGAGAAUUACCUAAAGAAAUCUUGCCGGAUACUAAGUCUUUCGCAAUGGAACAUAACGAACAAGAUAAUGGCUCACCUUCUGUUACAAGCACACAAGAUAGAGUAGAACCAUGUCAGCGAGUUGGUCCUGAUGAUUCUAUUUCACAAAGUACAGGAGAAGAAACCCAGACCUAUUCUCAAUCUAAGAUAGGUUUGUCUGAUAUAUUAGAGAAAAAGAAGUCUGUGGUUGCUGAAGAAGGUCGCAAGCCUGAUUUGAAACCCCUAUGUUCUCUGUUUUACGAUAAUGAUUUUGAACAAAGCAAUGAGGAUAUACCGGAAAAGGCUAGUAGAAAAGAAAGCACCGUGAAAAUAACUAAAAAAUCAUCUGUCGUUUUUGAUUCUAGUAGAAUCAUGAAAAAGCGAGAUGGAAAGAAGCCUACAUUGGACAAUGCAGAAGUUGGUAAGGCUAGCUUGCAAGCUUCAACCAUCAACUCAGGAGAUCCUGGCAAAAUCAGAGUUAAGGGAAAGGUUAAAGAGUUUGUUAAAAUUUUCAACCAGGAAUCAUUAGCAAAACCAGAAACUAGUGUCGCGUCUCCCAGUCAGAGCUCUAGCUGGAAAGCGAUAGGCACAGCCAAAGCACGGAAGGAAGUGAAUUUUAGCAAGACUGGAACAGAUGAGAAAAUUCACAGGCUCAAUGGGCACACAAAGAAAUCAAUGCCUGGUGCUCCUAUUACGGUUGAUGAAUAUCUCCAACAGUCUGAGAAACAACAUUCUUCCGUAAAGAACACCAAUCAUAUGUCUAAUGGUUCUUCCAGAAUAAAGGAUAGCUCAAGUACUGCAUCAAUACCUAACGAUCCAAAGGUGGUUGUUGGAGAUCUAGAUGAAUCCUUUCAAGAAAACUUUCAGGUAAAAGAGCUCACGGAAGAUGAGAAUAAACUGCCACAAGCUGGCAAUGAUCAUGAAGAUAUCCAGGCCAUUGAUGCUAAAAUACGACAGUGGUCAAAUGGAAAGGAAAGAAACAUACGCUCACUGCUGUCAACCUUACAAUAUGUUCUUUGGCCUGAUUGUGGGUGGAAGCCGGUUCCUCUUGUUGACAUAAUUGAGGGAAAUGCAGUGAAAAGGUCUUAUCAAAAGGCUCUACUCUGUCUGCACCCAGAUAAGCUUCAGCAAAAGGGUGCAGCUUCUCACCAAAAGUACACAGCAGAAAAUGUUUUCGAUAUUCUGCAGGACGCAUGGACUCAUUUCAACUCACUUGGUUCGAUGUGAUCAGUAAAUGACCAAUUACAUGUAUGUCCACAAUGAUUCUUUAUAAGAUCAUCAGGUAAUUAUCAUUUUGGAAUUGUACAAAGUAAAACUAGGAUCUAAUUCAAACAUCAUUUUCAUAGUGUGUAUAGGCUAUCUAUAUUUGCUUUCUGUUGUAUUCAAACUGCCACAUUUGAUAAAUCACAAAGUGCUUCCGGACGCUUUCA